AUUUGCAGUCUGUGCACAAGUUCUUAGCCAUAAAUCGCCAGUUUACCUGAAGCAGAGUACAACUUUUAGCGGUUUACUGGUGGUUUAACGUAUGGAAAGUAGAAUAUAAUGACAUAUUAUGCUAGGUGUUUGCAGUCUGUGCACAAGUUCUUAGCCAUAAACCGCCAGUUUACCUGAAGCAGAGGACAACUUUUAGCGGUUUACGAGGUAAGAGCAUUUAGAUUCGGGCCUGAGCUGGCAGCGAAAGCGGCAGGCCACUUUGAAAAGGCGCAGUUGCCGGAUCGUGAGCCAUGGAAGGUAGCUUCGUCAACGCAGGGUGGUGUGAACUAGUGUUUUAACAGAGGAAAAGUAAGGAGCAUCUUCUGCAUGACGUUUGCUGUCUGCGACAAAGCUCUUAGCCUUAACUGAGGAGGAGAAGAAACAUUUGCUAUUUACUGCCAACGUCAGUCGCAGCAGCCAAACUUCAGACUAAAGAUCAACACACAUGAUUCCAUGGAGAGCAAGUGAAAAAAAUGCAGCUUGCUCGCUGAUUUGUUUUGACCAUACAUGUCUCGGUCUCAUCUCGAGGGGAUCUCACCUUUCACUCUGUCUCCCACUGCUCCACAACGUAUGAACUCUGUAGAUGCAUCUAUUUCAAGUCCAGGUUCGUUGCAUCUCUCGCUUUGUUUGAAUCAUUGUUCUAUCAAGUGCAUUGUUUUGUCCUUGAUAGGGAGGAUUAUACGAGUAGGAUUUGUUGAGCUAGUUGACUUGAUAAUAGGCGAUUCAUGAUUUGUGUUACCAUUUUUAACCUCCUCAACCUUUCCGAGUUUCCUUUCCAAGUUUCCACAACUCCAUUCACAAGUGGGCAGGUGUUGAAGGAAAAUCAAAAGGAAAUCAUGAAUGUGAAAAUGAGCGUAGCUUUGUUAUCACUGGAAAGAAGAUGAUGAUCCUCAAGACUCUCCUAUAAAAGUGUGUUCCACAUUAGGAACCAUAAAAAUGUCUCUCUUCAAUACGAGAACUGCAAUACCGUAACACACUCUACAACACCAUGCCGUAGCGUGUGACCUGGCCAGAUGCUCUUCCUUCCAUAAAUUAACGCUGCUUCCGUUGUUUUGAUCACUUGUCGGACAUCUGUAAUGGGGAUUUGGCGUGAGUAGUUUGAUUGUCUGUUUGUGUGCAUUCUCACCUCUGCAGACACCAGUUACUAUCAUGAUGACGUGUUCGCGAUAGCUGAUACACAACCAUGUGUGUGUACACCGCUUUGUGUGUGUGUGCGUGUGUGUGUGUGCGUGUGUUUGUGUACACAUAUGCAUGCAAUAGAUAGAUAGAUAGAUAGAUAGAUAGAUAGAUAGAUAGAUAGAGAGAGAGAGAGAGAGAGAGAGAGAGAGAGAGAGAGAAGUUUGUGUGCGAUCAAUGUUGUAGUCUUUCAAGUCCACUCAAAUUUGAAUGAUGUCAUUUCAGGAAUUGCAAGGGUGAAAAACUUACAUGUAUUGCUACGUAUAUGUAUGAACACAUUGAAUAGUGCAACAUUUGUGGAUUGAUACCUAUAUAGGUCUCUCCCGUCCCUUAAGAUACCGGAAACCAUAGAACACAUUCUUGCAAUGUCUGGGGGCUGUCCUAACAUGGCAAUGGUGGGACAGAAUCUGGAACCUACUGGGUCGACCUGGCCAUGGGAUUGGAGGGCAAUACUAUUGGAGGCAUGGACCUCCCCCUCAGGUAGCAGCAUCGAAAACAAUAUGUUUAAGAUAGGGAGGAGAGCCGUCAUGUGGGCUAUCUGGAGGAGACGGUGUAUACAUGCCAUGGAAGAGGUCCGCAUAGCCGGGGAGGAAAUGACAGACAUGAUUAAACAAUACGUACAACGAGAACUUAUGGCACAAUGGCAAAGGGACUGGCUGGGGGGCGAGGAUGGGGGCCGAAUCGCCUUCAUCAAGUGGGAUGGCGGUCGUGCCCAGGAUGGCAAUGAAGGCAUUCAGGAUGGCAAUAGGGAGGCGGUCAAGAAAGAGUAUCAGAUCUGCUUCAAAGAUUGGACAACAGUGGGUCAAGGGAUCCCGCUACGGCCGCCCUCGGAUUUUCCCGAUCCCUUUGCGCCCCACCAGCUAGCUAUGGUGGACGCAAUGGUAUGGAGCAGAGUGAGCAGGACAGCACCAGGUCUAGUCAAAGGAGAGGGAUCUAGUUUUUAGCAGCGGAUUCCCGGUGUCCGGCAUGGGGUGAAGAGGUUCCCCCCUUUUUUUAUGUAUCCUGCUCGGUCAAUCCUCUGGACCCCAGAGUAAUCAAUGCUUGCAGGUGUA